AUGACCCUGACGUUGUUGACAGGAGUCAUCCCAUACAAAAAAGGUGGAGUUGCAUCUGGGAUGAAACAAGUGGAGACGAAUACGUACAACAUUCGCAGACUGCUGCAUGUGAAGGGAAAUAAGCAUGUGGUUGCCGGAGAGGUGGAAAUGAGCUGGAAGAGCUUUAAUCAAGGUGAUGUGUUCCUGCUGGACUUGGGGAGUCUGCUCAUUCAGUGGAAUGGACCCAAGAGUAACCGGAUGGAGAGGUUAAGGGGAAUGAACCUAGCGAAGGACAUUCGGGAUCGAGAAAGGGGUGGUCGAGCACAAGUGACUGUAGUGGAAGGAGAUGAUGAGGUCUCUUCAGAAGAAGCAAUGAAAUUGAUGAUUCAGGCAAUGGGGGAGAAAAAACAAAUCAAAGAUGCCAUCCCAGAUGAAAUUGUGGAUGAGAAACUCAAGACUGCCAUUAAACUCUUUCAUAUUUCAGAUUCUCAGGGGAACCUUGUAGUGCAGGAAGUGGCAGUGAAACCUCUCACACAAGACUUACUGAAAACUGAGGACUGCUAUCUGCUGGAUCAAGGUGGAAUAAAGAUCUUUAUCUGGAAGGGCAAAAAGGCAUCAAAAACUGAGAGAGCAGAAUCUCUGAAGAAAGCGGAGGCCUACAUAAAGGCAAAAGGAUAUCCUACAUCCACCUACAUAGAGACAGUAAGCGAAGGAGCAGAAUCAUCAGUGUUCAAACAGCUCUUCCAGAAGUGGACGGAAAAAGGACAGACAGUUGGAUUGGGCACCACUCACAGUCCAGGGAAAAUAGCCAAGGUUGAGCAAGUCAAGUUCGACGCGACCUCAAUGCAUGCCAGACCUGACUUGGCGGCACAGCAGAAAAUGGUGGAUGAUGGGUCGGGCGAAGCCGAGGUAUGGAGAAUAGAGGACAAUGAGCCCGUCCCUGUGGAGAGGAAGUGGCUUGGCCACUUCUACGGUGGGGACUGUUACCUCAUUCUCUACAAAUAUGAAGUCAACAGCAAACUACACUACAUUCUGUACAUGUGGCAAGGCCGCCAUGCAAGCACAGCGGAGCUGACAGCUUCUGCAUAUCAGGCUGUGAUCCUGGACCAGAAGUACAACGGAGAACCAGUACAGGUCCGCGUUCCCAUGGGAAAGGAGCCUAUGCACCUAAUGGCCAUUUUUAAGGGCAAAAUGGUUGUUUAUGAGGAAGGAAGUUCCAGAGAAGGCUCCUCCCAUUCUCAACCAUCAGUAAGACUGUUUCACAUCCAUGGAACAAAUGAGUUCAACACACGUGCUGUUGAGGUGCCUCCACGCUCAUCUUCUCUGAACUCCAACGAUGUGUUUGUGCUCAGCACAGAUAAGUGCUGCUACCUGUGGUACGGCAAGGGCUGCAGUGGAGAUGAGAGAGAGAUGGCCAAAUCGCUGGCUGACAUCAUCUCCAAGAGGGAGAAGAAUGUUAUUGCAGAGGGUCAGGAACCAGCUGACUUCUGGGUAAACCUUGGUGGAAAAUCACAGUAUGCCAGCAGCAAAAGACUUCAGGAUGAGAACUGCAAUAUCACGCCCAGGUUGUUUGAGUGCUCCAACCAGACAGGUCGCUUCAUAGCAACAGAGAUUACAAACUUUAACCAAGAUGACCUGGAUGAGGAUGACGUGAUGUUGCUGGACAUCUGGGAUCAGGUGUACCUGUGGAUUGGCAAAGGUGCCAAUGACAAGGAGAAGCAUGACGCAGUGGUUACAGCACAGGAAUAUCUGAAGUCCCAUCCUGCAGGGCGUGACCUGGAUACACCAAUUCUAGUGGUGAAGCAAGGGUUUGAGCCGCCCACUUUUACAGGCUGGUUUCAAGCCUGGGACCCACAAAAGUGGAGUAGUGGGAAAUCCUAUGACCAGCUGAAAGCAGAGCUUGGCACUGCAACUGAUCUCAUCAAAAUUACUGUGGAUCUGACCAAACCAACCACAAACCAAACCAACUCAACUAACUCAACUCAAGGGGGUAACUUACCCCGUCCUGUCACAGAAACCUUCCCUCCAGAGAAGCUGGUGAACGUUCAGACAGAAGACCUGCCUGAUGGAGUCGACCCCACAAGAAAAGAGGACUACCUCUCAAACGACGACUUUAAACUGAUCAUGGGGAUUUCUCGGAUUGAUUUCUAUGGCCAGCCGUCCUGGAAGCAGCUGAACCUGAAGAAAGAAAAGGGACUGUUUUAAAUACAUUCCUGUUCUGCGAAACAGACCUCUCAUGCUAAACUGUAUGAAUGCUAGUAGUGGUG